AAAGAUGGGUGUUCGCCACAGAUCUGGUUGGUACAAAAACCGCACGAAUCGCAGACAGCUGGAGAAGGUUUUACGAAUAUGCUCUUCAUGCCGCAAAAGUCGGUGAACCAUUGGUGGGCGCUCUUCGCCAUCAUCAUUUACCCCAUACAAUCAGAUUUAGACCGUUUCAAGCUAUAUUUAUGGUCGCGGAAAAGCAGUGGGCCCGGUGUUGAACUAUGGCUUGUGGCUAUCUACCAGUACGUUCGCGUUCAUCGUAUCGGACGCCGGCGAUCACCACGCGACGUUAGGCUUAGAUAUGUGUGGUUGAGUUUGAUGUGAUUCGAAGAUUAAUUAUUAUUGUUGGCGGCAGCGGACCGCAUUGUCGCACCGAAAAUUUCCCCUCCGCGUAGUGAAAUCCGAACGCAAUUGACCAACCAUUAUUGCAAUUUUUAAAACUGUGUCACGGUGUCACACUCGGUUUUCGUUUGUCGAGGGGCGGCGCCGCGCCGAGGCGACAUAAUGAAGCAAAUGCCGAAGAUUGCCAGCACCGUUUAUAUCGACGAAGCCUAAAUGACAACAGAAGAUCUCACAAGUGUUCGUUAUGGUCCUGUUCCAAACUUACCAUUAGCUGAAGAGCUGAUAAAAGCCAAUGGAGGACUCACCAUAUCUUCGUACUUCAUCGUUGCAAGUGCACGGUGUGGAAGAUGGAGACGUACCGCGGGAAGAGGAAAUGGCACAGCCGGAGAGGAGCUUCGCUGAAUCGAACAGAUUCUCGACGGAUUCAGCAUCGACGUACGAAAUAGUUGAUUGCCACUCGCCCGAGUCCAACGACGAAAUGUGGAGCAACGUGGUGAAGAUUACCCGAGCCACUAGUGCUACCGUCGCGGGGAUGGUAGACGGAGUCGAAGGGGGUCAGGAGGUGGACGAAGAUAGAGACCGCGACGAAGAGGAAGAUGAAGAGUAUGAAAUACAGGAUGCCGAGGAGGAUUUGGCCCAGCAACGACGAAAGUUUGAACUGGCUAGGUCGUCAACCAAGGAGGAAAAACAGCGACAGAAUGAAGAGAUUUUGAUUAUGAAAUCCAACUCGGUUUCAUCGGAAAACAAUUCGUGGGAAACGUUUUCUCCAUCGAAACCUGUGACUGGAGAAUCUUUUGAGACUACGGAUGCUGUUGAGGUUCCUUCCUUGGUGCAAAAGCCUGGGACAUCGAAAGCUUGCUUCAUCGAUGCUUCGUCUCUUUAUGACGAGGACGAAGUUCCUUUUCCGUCGUUUGUGGACAGCAGUUUGCAGAGACAGCAACAAGAGAAGGGUCCAAUUUCCCUGUCGGCUAUCCUGAGCGAUGAUGAGAAAUUGAAGAAUUCCAAUGGUCCGGCCCACAUCGAUGUCAAAGACCAGUACUCUUCUCUCCCGGAUAAUGAUUUUCUUGCCAAUAAAUUGCACAUCAAAGAACGUGAAACCACGGAGUGUACUGAAGAAGCUAUGGCCCGACAGGAAUCGGAAAGAAAGCAGGGAACAUUUCUGUUCCAAAACUCAAUUCAGCAAUAUUCCGGACAUUCUUUGGAACCCAAUCUACAGUUUCCUGAUGAAAAUUAUAGUGACAUGUCGCUGCCUAGCGUCUAUUCAUCCAGUAGUGAACCGAAUUAUGAGUAUAGUUCACUUGCCUUGGACAACAGUUCCCGGUUCAUGAACACCGGCGGGAUUAACACUAGUGGAUACAACUCCGGCUCAGCAGACUAUUCAUCAAGGUUAAAUCAUUCCACGGACCAGGAAAAUCCACACUAUCCUGACACACCGUUCAAUUCGAUUGUUCAUGUGAAUUCCGCGGUCAACAUUCCUUCGACGACGACUCAUCGUCUGCUGGAAGACAGUCGGGAAAGUUCAGUUGACAGGGAAUCCCAUUCGACGCCGAUCAAAAUACCCAAACGAGUCCAAAAACAUGACGAAUCUGCUCCGAUAGUUUCCGGUGGAGCUUCCAUCGAAGACUUCACGCCGAAGUUGUGCGAGAGUCCCUCGAUCCGACGACGGACCGACACGUGUCCCAUCGUAUCUGGCGGUAUGAGCUUCGAAGACAACUAUAAACCGGAGGAACGUGUCCGGAAACUGAGCAGUUCCGCUAAAUCAUGGGUGGUCGAUUUGAAAAACUGCCCGGAUGACGAGAAGUCGGCGGCCAUUUCAUCUAUAGAGCACAACCGCAGCGGCUUGGGUUUUUACGUUGAUUUUGGAAGCAUAAAGACCCCGGAAGAAGAGAAAUCGAUUGUGGCCUACAACAAGCCACAGAACAAGGCGCAUCAUGACUUGAUGAAGAAAUCGACGGGUUUCUACAUAGACCUCUCGGACGGAGACAGUUCCAGAAGCAACACUCCGAAGCUAACCAAACCGGGAACACCGCCGGUGAAGUCCGGAUCUAGUUCACGGGCAGAAUCGGUCGAAAAGGAUGCCAAGAAGAACAUAUUUUCGAUGUUCAUAGAUAUUGGUAAUGAAGCGGCACCGAAGCCAUUCUCAGCUCCUCGUCGGUUCUCAGCUGCUUCCGCCGUGGCGCCAGCUAAGGAAGAACAUUCUGUUGGGCAAGUACCGGUUAGACCAGCAGAUUUAGGCACCGAUGAAAAGAAAAACUGUUAUAUGUUUAUUGAGUCUGAAUCGGCUCCGAUAGUACGGCGAAGCAAUCCUCCGAUUGUGGCAAAACAUGAAUCCAAGCGUCAUUCUUGGAACCCUACCACUACCGAAGGAACAUUCCACGAGCGACGGAAUAUGAAUCGAGAAUAUCAACGGUCGACCAGCGUUACCAGCGACAAAGGCAUAAUGAAUAUACUGGAUAAGAUCCCACUUCUGUCGAAGACCUCUAGUAUGUCAAUCGAUUCGUCAGUUUCGCCUUUUGAAGACUUCACCUGCUCGAAAUCGGAGUUGAGUACAUAUUCCAAUCAUUCCAUAUCGUCCACCUCGGCUCAUUCCAGCAACGAGUCGAAAGUCUCGCCGAAAGAUGCCACUGGAGUUAUGGGCCCAGAAAUGACUGCCUCUGUGAAAAAGAAACGGAAAGAUGUUAAAAUCAACGAGACUUUCGAUAAAAGCAGCCAAGGCUCCGUCACGGAUGGCAUUCUAUCUUCCAAUGAUGAUACAUCCCCUGUUUCCACGACCACCGAUACGGAUGACGUAACAUUCCAGAACAACCCAGCAGAUGAACCAAACGCCCUUCUUCCCGUGGACCCCAAAAGUCCCCAGCCAGUUCAGGAAGUUAAGUUACCCCAUUCGAUUGGUAAACAGAUGGAAACCAUUGUCGAAGCCAUCGAAAGUUCUCCAAAGCACCUUCCCAACGGAAACAGCCGGAAGGCUCAGCACACGAUGGAAACCCUACAUGCGACCAUCGAAAAGCAAAAGCAACUGCUGGAAACUGUUUCGGAAAACGUCGAAUCCCAGAGUACGUCAUUCGUAAAGCUAUCGGACAUGGACAAACCUCCAAUCGCGGCUCCGGCCAAGUUCGAACUGCACUCCAACGGCAAUGCCGGCAACGGAUCAUCAUCUGCCAGUACGGGCUACAUGUCCAACUCGGCCGGUUCGAAUCGGGUGGCUCGCUUGUUCAGUGACACCACCCACAAAUACAACACUAUCGGACCUUCCCAUCAAACUCAACAACAGCACCAGCAGCAACAGAACUACUACGCCAAUGGCACCGUUUCCAUGGAACGACAUUCGUGGAACAUGUCACGAUCUACGGGGAACAACUUCAUGAACUUGGUUUCUUCGGUGGAGAAUUCAAGGAGUCUCAGCCGGUUGUUUCCCCAUCUUUCGAAAGCUUUUAGUAACAGCUUGCCAUCCGAUGUUGGUAUGAACUCUGGCAAUCGAGGACCGGAAAUCAAUGAGUUCAUCACGUCUGACUUCUCAUGUACCUCUAGUAUUACAUCUAGUCGUUCUGGAAUUGAAUCCAUCGAUGAGUCAAUCUCUAGUCGUCAGCCGCGUCGGUUGGGCGAGGAUCUGCUCAAGAUGUUCCUCCAGGAAAUUGCCACCGAUGUGACAAUCGAAGCCGAGUCGAAGAAAAUGCGUGCCCACAAGUGUAUCCUUCGCUCGCGCUGCCAGUACUUUGCUGCCAUUCUGGCCGGUGGAUGGGUGCAGAAUGCCGGAAAUGUGAUAAGCCUGCCAGGGUACUCAUACGCGGCGGUACACUUUGCACUGUGUCACAUCUAUUCCGGAGCGUCGCAUCCACCGGAGGGUAUCAGCUUGAUGGAACUGGCGGCGCUGUCCGAUCUGCUCGGGCUGGAAGGGCUCAAAGAAGUUACGGCGUAUGCGCUUCGAACCAACUAUUGUCACAAUUUUCAUAAGCCUUGUUCCGGAUGUACGGAUGGCGUGUUACAAGUUCUACCGGUAACGCUAAACCAUGGUCUGGACGAUUUGUAUAGGAAAUGUUUGAAAUGGGUAUGCCGACAUUACGUUAAAAUCUGGUCCAACAAGCAGUUUUCCCAGCUUCCGGUGGACGUAGUCAAUCGCUGCAGGCAGCAAAUCGUUGCUCACUUGACAUCCGAAACUGUACUAAAUGCAAUUCUCGACAGUGAACAACUUCUAACCGUACUCCACCCGUACAAGUGGUCCGUAGAAGUAGAGAACGUGGUUCGGGAUAUCUUGGAUGCUUCCUACGAUUACAUACAAGACCAUUUUGCUUCUCUGCUGGCAAGUGAUAGUUUCCUCUCGCUUGGUCAAAACUACAGCUGGGCUAUUUCUCAUGUGGAACCCAUACUGCUGCGAGCGGCAACAAGCCUAAGUCCCGAUCAAGCCUGCAAGAGCUAUCCUCGUGCCACAAGACUGCAUAAACUGCUGCAAGCCAAAGUACUUACAAUGACAACGACUCCGUCAUCAAAUGACAGCAAUGUGAACAUUCUGAAUGUGUAUGAGAAGAAAAAACUGGACAUCGAUUACACCCGGGAGGAGGAAGAGAUGGAUUGGUGUGACGAGUUCGUUGGGAUGGUGAAUGCGAUUCUCUCGGCAGUUGAGCAGUGUUUGAUCAGACAAUGUGCCCGAGCAAUGCGAGUCAAUUCAUGGCAACGAAUGGACAUCGAAUUGAGGAACAAAAUACAGAAACUGGCGUGUCUGAUGGAACCAACUGAGGAUCACCGCAAAUCCCGCUCGAGGUACUCGUAUUCCUCCCAGACAAGCUCGUCCUCGUCAAUUCACUCCCGAACAAACGAUCUGCGGCAAGUCCGGUUGGCUAUACAGGCGCACACCAAGCGAUCAUACGAAAAUCAGAAUCUCAAUGUCAACAACAAAACCACGACCCAGCACACGCAGACAGUUGUUCUUCACAACGAUCUGAACAAUGUUAUUAACACUCACAGAUCAACGAGGACUCAUGAUCUCAACGAGCGUAACAACAUUCGUACUGAUCAUCAAAUCAAUGAAAAUGGCAAACUAUCCAAGACAGCUUCCAAAAGCAAUGUUCCUUCCGAGCAACCUAAACUAUCCAAGGCACCGAUCAAGGUAGGACUCCUCAGCAAAAAUAACCUCUCCAAUCACAAACGUUCGCAGUCAGAGGACAUGAGCGCAAAAGUCGUCGCCAAGCCGUCGGAACCGUUGAACAAUCUGAAGAACAAACUGAGCAACGUCAAGCCCCGCUAUUUGGAACCGAAAAAGCCCAAAAAUACGAGCAAUCUGCAGGUUCAGAAUCUCUCGUCGAGUGGCAGUUCUACGCGCACCUCUAGUCCGGCCACAGGGCGUAAAAAGGGACCGUUAGGCAAUAUCACCAAACACGGCCACGACUCAAACAUCUCUCUAGACAGCCUCUCUUCCCCUGCAAAGAAUGCUAAAAAUUUCAAAGCUCGUCCACCCAUCAACGAAAUGGACGUUUCCAUCGAUUCUCUGGCCGAAUCGUUGAAAUCGAACUCUCUCAAAACGAACAGUACGCUGUCGCACGAAUCUCUCAUCUAUCAAGAGUACUUCAAAACCAAGGAAACGAAUCUCGAGAAGCCUCAACAAGCAUACUCAAAAUCCAAUCCGAUGAUAUUCAAAGAUAGAACAAACGGCCCAAAAUCAAUGGACUCACUGGCGACCAACAAAAGUGCAUCACAAAUGAAAAACAAUCUCAAGCCAAGUGGUCCCAGCAGCUCCAGAUUGGGGCCGAGCAAAGUAGCUCCUUCGGGAAUCAAUCGCACGGCUUCUUCCGCAAGUGUUAGUUCUACUUCCAGUUCUUCGUUUGUGAAGAAGAGUUUCCUUUCGCAGCGCUCGCGGGAAAUCCUCGCCCGUCGAUCGAACGACACCAAAUCCAACUCGACAAACUCCAGCAACAAAUCUGCUGCUUCGUCGCCCAGCCUACUCUCCCGGGACAAAUCGGCGGCCAGCGAUAUCACAAAGUCCGGCUCUACCGCUUCGAUUUCCGGUGCGCGUAAGGUGUUCAACACUACGCUUCAUCUCCGGAAGACGGCCAAAUUGAAAUCGGAUUCGAUUCCGACCGCCAAGCAGGCCAGCGAAUCGAAACCGCACCUUAAAAAUAGCUACAUUCCGGUCGCUGGUGGUCCCCAGUCGAGAAAAUCGUCAUCGGCGGUAAAUCGUUCCAACAGCAACAGCAGCACCGGUGCAGGUGCCAGGGGACCCCAUAAGGCCACCGUGAUGAUUCCAGCGGCCCCAGCACCAGCUUCGCUUCCAAUUGUUGUCGGGGGAAACCAUUUGCACGGCGAUGCCUACACAUCGUCCUCAUCCGACUCGAGUAACAGCAGUGCGGAGAAUAAACUACUGAGGGUGGAAUCGAAACUGGAACGAUCCAAUACGUUCUGUAUGGAGGCCUCCGAUAAUCCGGUGGUACUACAGAUAGUGGAGUGAAAAGUUGGGCGUUCAUAGUAGUAAACGUGAUUAUUUGGCACCGUGUGAUAAGAAGAUUGUGAAACUACAUUGGGGCUACAAGUUUGUGAACUCUUCAUAUACUCUUCGUAGGGUAAGUACGGUGCAUUGAACUACCGAACAAACAAAAAAUAGAUGCAAAGCUGAUCAACAUCAUUAAUACAAAUAUAUUUAUCGAUCACAAGUAAACUAUUAUGUAAUCAAUCAAAAGUGAGAAAAGUGAUAAAGAAGAUCGUAUAACUUGGACUGGACAAUUGAUGAAAAAAAAAACAAUGAAAAAAGCAAAUACCUUUAGAGAUCAAGUAGAGUAUCAUUGUUUAGUCAAAACUGACAUGUGCUUCAUCACACCUUAUCUAGUCAUUUAUUUAUAUCGGAAUAUGUUUUGUGUUCUUCUGUGUAAGAGACGAUCGGCAGCAAUUGUUUUAUUUUUGCUAUCGCUAAUGAUAGAGAAGAAAAUGCCGACGCGACUGUGAUUGAGGUUAUAUUUGGGCAGUAUUUUUGAGAGGCAUUCAAAUGGUGAUGUAGUCGAAAUUGUUUAUUCGAUAAAGUGGACCUGAACCGAACAUAACUAUCUCUCGAGUGUGUAUCUAAAGUUGCUUCACGUAGGGCAGAUUCCACACAGUAGCACUACAUGCAGAACCGCAAAUGCUUCUCAAAUAGUACUUAAAUCGGCAAUAAUAUUGUAAAGAGGAACAAUUCUCUCAAACUUAUCUAGCUUUUAGUUCGGAUAUUCGUAUACUUACUGUAGUAGUUCAUUAGCUAUUUAUACACCAGUACUGACACUGCUUUAUAAACGAGAUGAAACGAACAAAUCCAAUCGCUUGUAAAUGAAACCACCUCCUAACGAGAGAUAAUUUUUUGCUAUUACCCACUACUAUUAUUAAUGGAAAUAAUAAUAACGUUUUGCAUUAUAAAUGAAAUGCUUACGAGAUGUGUUGAGAAAUGGUAGAUUUUAUUCGUGUGUUGGAAGUCAUAUUGCCGUGUUGAAUUCAAUUACCUAAAUUGGCGUAUAAUUUUGGAAAAAGGUAAUGUAUAAAUCAUAAGAAAAGUAAACAAAUGUCGAUAUAAGUUUGCCAUUGUUUCACUGAUUCUUUAAGUAUCUUUCAAAAUUACUUGACAAUGCGCUUUUACACUAUCAUCUUUUCGAAAAGCCUUCGGAUUCAAAGACAAUUUUUCGUUGUUCGUAAACAUCUUUUCAAAUAUUCGGGCAUCUAUAACUCAAAGGAAUAAUAAGAAGGUUGGUAUAUUAACAAUUUCCUCAAUUUAGGACACCGUGGAAGAUAUUGUAUACCACUUGUCCGUCCCGUACUCGUCCUUUCUACAAUAUUGUCCGGAGUGAUGUCUUUACCGCAUAUUUCCUACAUACUCGAUAUUUGCUCUAUAAAACGUGUACAUUUCAAGAGAAUUUUCUCCGUGGUCACAGUUGUUCGCAGUUUGUGCACUCGGAACAUGCUGGAGAAACUGCAUGCUCGAAUCUUUGCAAAUACCACCUGAACCAGCGCGAUAGAAAUUAAGUCAGGUGAAAAUUCACCUCGGAGCUCCUGAGGUACCCUCGCGGUGAUUUUGGAUCUCGUUACUCCUUCUUUGUUGUAGUAGAGAAACACUCUAUUCCAGAUAUAUAGCCCUCUAGGAUCCGGCAAAGACAUUCCGGAACUCCUGGCGCUCUCGAUGGCGGUCCAGGGUAUCCUGGCUUUGGUCGGUUUGGCCAUUGUCACGUUACGUGGUCCGGGUGGUUUUCCCGCCUUUGUUAAUAGGACCAGGCUCUGCCGCCUCCAAAUCUCUGGGAAGACUUCUUUUCCAAACAUUUAUGCAUAGCAGAGCUGUAUAUUCGGGAGCCCAUGCAAUAGCUACUUCUAAGGUCAUAUUCCGAACCUGGUCCUUACCUACGCUAAAAGAUUUUGCAAUCCACGCAAGUUCCUCAUCUGUGACCCUCACCUUAUCGCCAGCCUCAGUCCUCACUCCUCAGCGGAUCAUGACAGCGAAGCUAUUACACCUCUUGUUUUGACCAUCACGACCCUGUAGGCGUAAUCCCACGAUUCCAAUUGGCACUCUGAUGACACCCUCAAAGCAGGCCUCUUUGUUUGCCUUUAGCUCGGCCUUGAGCGCGACUUUUGUGGCGUCGCAACCGGGCUGCUCUUGAAAUACUGGAACUGUUCAAAUGUUGCCUUCACAUACGCUUUUCGAUCAAUGGAAACAUGAUGCGCAUCGUGAUACAUUCCCAAAACGUGCUUGGUUCCAUCGACGUAGAUUGCCAAGAACAUAACCGGCGAUCGUAUAAUACCUAGAGGGGACGCACUCGGUUGAAACCAGUCUAUGCUUCCCUUUGAUCCUACACAAUCUGUAGUGGCUCUGGUUCUAUUCUUCGAAGAAGGAUGGUUGCUCCAUAUAUAUCUCCUCCGAAAGUUCCCCUUGAAGGAAGGCUGUGACCGCAUCAAUUUGAUCGAUGUCGAUUCAUCAGCAGAAUAUUCUUUCCUGCCGGGAGAUUUGUCAGGGACCCGAUUCCAUUUAUAUUAUGCUUUCGAUGUUAUUUAUUUGGAAACCAGCGUGUGUCAAGUAUGGAAAAAGAAAAUGAUCUAAAUAAAGUUCAAACUCAUGGUUUUAAUGCAAUAUUAUCCUAAAGGUGUGAAUAAAACAUCACGACCAAUUUCUACGUAUACUGUACAUGUGUGUUUUUUGCAUAGGUUUUCCAUUAUACGACGACACUGUUUGAUGUUUAUGUUUAGUUCUCUUCUCACUUACGUUAAUUUGUAAUUUAAUUACACCGUGUUUAUGUUGAGCUUGUUCUCUUCUACAGUGUUCUUGAGUUAUGUUUGUGCGCACUAUGCAACUCUCUCAGAGAUUUUUUUCAUCGAACGCUUAUUAUUUAAGAUUAUUAAAAAACGACAGCACAUUCCCUCCAAAUAUACACACAUAUUUCUAGUUCUGCUGUAGUUUUUCGUUAUAUUUACAAGCGAUACUUAGUUUACUUUUAUUUAUACGAACAUAAAUCGCAAUAAAAAUGUACUUUUACAAACAAAGCUCUAUAAAUUCAACAAUUCCAAUCGUAAGCAGCUCAAACUAUACAGCAACUAAUAUAGACACAUUUAGAAACUCGGCAGCACUAUAAAACACUAACCAAUAGACAGCUGUUUAAUUUGUUCUUGAAAUAGAACUCUAGUCAUUUGUACAAAUAACAAAAAAAGCAACAUGUAUGUAAAACUACUACAGAGAAACGAUAGGAAUCGAUUUGAUACUGAAUCGCUGGAUGAACAAAAAAGUUGAAUUUAUGAGUAAUCACAAACCGCCGAACAUAGUUUCUUUACUUCUCUUUCGAUGUAAUUUCGAUCGUAAUCAUCGUCCGAUCAAUAGUCGUUUAAGACCCCCUCCCCCCUAGGUAACAGAUUCAAAAUGUGAUUUAUACUUUCAUGAGAACAAAAAAAAGUCUCUUGAUCUGUUUAUUUUGUGAUACGUUUGAAUUUACUUUCCGUUCUACCGCGAUCGUUGAAUAUUCUCUAUUUAUAUCUGUAUGUUCUAUUAAAUAUGAUUGAUUGUAAGCUUGAAAUUUGCCGAAGGACAAUGUAAGCAUGUCAACGUUCGUGUAACCCUGGUCUAUGUAACAGCCAGAACCAAAAUGAUCUAAUAAAUAAGAAUUUAUGAUAAUUGAA